GAUUUUGUAUGACGUCAUGUCAUAUUUGCAUAUGCUUGCAGAUAAAACCCGAUGGCCAAGGCUAUUGUCUGUUAAUCAUAAGCUGUAGCUAGUAAGAGAUAGUUGUUAGUGGGUUUGUUAUUUAACUGAUCAAGCUAACAAAAUGUCCGACAAGCCAAAUCUCGCUGAAGUCGAAACAUUCGACAAGAGCCAGCUGAAGAAGACCGAAACAAAAGAAAAAAAUCCUCUUCCUACAAAAGAAACGAUUGAACAAGAAAAGGCUAGUAACUGAAAAGGAAAGUUGCUGGAUCAUCCAUCAAAAUGGACCUUUUUUCAGAUAUGCACUGUACAUUCCACAAGCAUUGCCUUCUUGUUUUCACGUCUUUAGCUAUUGUAAUUACGCAAAAAGAGGUUGGAUAGAUUAAAGUGACUGCUGCCCCCUUAAACUACUGAACUGAAGGAAGGCAUUGCCUAUCUGUUUGCCUUGUCCUUUGUGGUGGUGUCGCUGAAGGGCUCCUACAGUGUUGGAAGAACAGGAUUAGGACUAAGGUGUGCAACAACAGAAUUGGUCCUGUGAAGCUGUAAAAUGCAGUUAAUGAGUGCCAUUUUUUGUUUAAAUGAAUUUCUUGAAAUGCACAUUUUUUAUAUGCAAAUAAAAAGUUAAAAUGGUUA